AUGGCGACCACUAACGACGUUCAAGAAGAAGAACCCCCCACGACUGCACUCGAGAAACAAGUUAAGACUCUCGCUGCAGUAGUGGAGUGCCUCACCAAACAAAAUCGCGACCUGAAAGAGCAGCUGAACCAGAAAAAUGUAGCGCCAAAUAACGAAGGAGUGGAUCAAGAAGGAACCAACGCUGAAAGGAGGAAUCAGGAGGGACUACAGGCUAAUAACGCCCCAAGUAGAUCAGAGCGACAGAACAUGAGCCUUCCCUCCCUUGCGGAUAUGGCUCUGCUACCUAUUAUUGCGGAGAUGCAGGCAAUGAAGGAGCAGAUGGAAGUAAUGAUGAACACUCUCAAGAUACGAAUGUCCAGCGACCUUGACGACCUUGUUAACCGAACUGACUCGCCAUUCACCGCUUCCAUCAACUUCUUCCCUCUGCCAAGUAAGUUCCGCAUGCCACAUAUGGAUAGUUAUGAUGGAGUCAAGGACCCUCUAAACCACCUAGAGACCUUUAAGACCUUAAUGCACCUUCAAGGAGUAGCAGAUGCAAUCAUGUGUAGGGCCUUUCCUACAACUCUGAAAAGUGCGGCAAGAGUUUGGUUCAGCAGGUUGACACCCAACUCCAUCAACACUUUCAAAGAGCUGAGCGCUCAAUUUAUUGCGCACUUCAUCGAGGGACAUAGAUACAAGAAGUCUACGACUUGCUUGAUGAGCAUCAAACUGCGAGAGGAAGAGACAUUGAGAUCCUACAUAUCCCGCUUCAAUAAGGAGGCACUCUCAAUCGAUAAAGUCGACUAUAAGAUACUUGUAGCAGUAUUCACUAAUGGGCUUAAGAAGGGGGAAUUUUUGUUCUCCUUAUACAAAAACGACUUGAAGACCAUGUCAAAAGUGCUUUACAGGGCCACCAAGUAUAUGAACGCUGAAGAUACGCUGCUGGCCCGAGAAGAAAAACCCAAGAAAAGAGAAAGGCAAGAAGACACACGGCACGACCAAGGCCAAAAGAAGGCAAGAACAGGAGACCGAAGGGACGAAAGACGCCCUAAGCCCCUAGGAGGAAGAUUCACAAGCUUCACCCCAUUAACUGCCCCGAUAAACCAAGUCCUAAUGCAAAUCAAGGACGAAGGGGCUCUAACGUUCCCUGGGAAGCUAAAAGGUGAUCUCAACAAGCGAUCCAGGGAUAAAUAUUGCCGCUUCCACCGUGACCAUGGUCAUGACACAGCCGAUUGGUAUGACCUAAAACAGCAGAUCGAGGCCCUCAUAAGUCAAGGAAAACUACAGAAGUUCAUCAAUAAGGAGAAAACAGAUCCACCCCCACAAGAAUAG